CCGUGAUUCUGUGACGGGAGGCGAGGUAGGAUGCAGAGACGAGCCAUGAUGAGAUGACCAUUUAUUAAACACAAUACACAAAACAAAGUCUGAAUGAAAUGGAAUGGAUUUGUGUGCAUGAUGUUGAAUGCUGAUGAGAGAGGACCUGCUGGGCUGUGACUCAGUGCUGCACCAGUCACUGGAGCCUGUUCCUCAAGAUUAGAUCAGGGGUCAAGCUUCUUCCAUGUUGUUAGCUGCUAUUGCACUCUGGCAUACUCACAUGUGCAAAAUGUCAUAUAAAUGACACUCAAAUUAGUGCUUUGCAUUGUACAUAACAAAGGGUACAAGGCCUUGAAUUUAGUUACAAUGCUGAUUGUUUGCUGUUUUAGAUGACACCAUAAUGCAAAUGAAGGAUGCACACAAUCCUGAUUCAUGGGAAUGUUUAACCAAGAUAGAAGUAUCUUGAAAUUUUAAUACAUAGUUGGGAGUAAUCUUUCAUUUUAAUUGUAUUUCUCUGCACAUUGCUGUAAGAAAUGUCACAGAAUUGUCUUAUAGAUUUCUUCUUCUUUGCAUCAUCUUUAACGGUGUUCUUUUUUAUUCUUUACUGCUGGGAUGCUGUAACAUACUGUCAAAUUAAAAGAUGGGUUGCCUCUCCAUAUAAUAAAAGCCAAAGGAACUAGGUGCUGUCAGAUUUUGAAUUAUGCUAUUGGACCUUUCGGAACUGACAAAACAUUAGUCUAACUACUUUAGGAUGUCCCUUUACUGUCCUAUAAAUUGAAGUCUUCUUCUACAACACUUAUCAUAAUUUUUAGCUUCUUGUGAAAUCUAACAUAAUCUUAAAUGAAGUGGAAUUAGACUCACAUAAAUAAGUGCUUUUACAGGUUUGCUAUCAUUAUCAGAAGCCUUCGUAUCUUUCAAUUAGACACAUGUAAGAUAACACUACAAAUAACUUCAUUACCCAUCAUCCUCGUACAUUGAGCAUUACAACUAUCUGGGCUUCCGUAGGAUGUCGUGGCGUAGAUACCUGGGCCAAAGUUAGAACUAUUGGUUCAUUCAAGUUCGCUAGUUAGCGACCUUUAAAAAUCGAAAACAAGAGAUUAAAACGAAAUCCACUUAGGUAUCUAGAAGUGGUGUGAUUAUAUACUAGAUUUUUGGCAAGUACAGAAGGCAAAAUGAGACGUGCAGGUUUGGGUGAAGCAGCUCCGCAAGGAAGUUAUGUCGCAAGCGGGUACAAUGUUUACGAGGAGGAGAACGAACAUUUACAGGAAGGUCUUCGAGCGAAAGUGAACGCACUGAAACAUCUGUCAAUAGACAUUGGGAAUGAAGUUAAAUACCAAAAUAAAAUGUUGGGAGAAAUGGACACAGAUUUUGACUCCACUGGUGGUUUACUGGGAGCCACCAUGGGCAGACUGAAGCUGCUGUCCAGAGGAAGCCAGACCAAAAUCUACUGCUACAUGCUGCUUUUUGCCCUUUUCGUGUUCAUAGUCCUUUACUGGGUGAUCAAACUGAGGUGAUGUACAGACUAAUGCACUUGACCUUUCUCUGGACCUAAUAUCCCUUGAGCGCCAUGCUCUGCUGGAUCAGAUGGUCAGGAUUGUGGCAUUGAUGUCAACAAUAAAGAUGAGGACAGAGAAGUUUUGAGUUCCAUUAACAUCUCUCUUACUGGAGGUAAUUUUUCAGUUAUUGUGCAGUGUUGUGGACUGAAACUUAACAUGCCAGAGUUCCUCCCUGCUACAUAGUGAUUUUAAAGUUAAAGGACAUAAAUGCUUUUGCUUUCAGGAUUGCUUGUGAGAUGCAUAAGCUUUGAAGCAAUUGUGGUAUGCAUCAUUAUGGAUAAUUUGUUGUUUCUUAGGAAUAAUGUUUGAAGUAUUUGCCACAGUUUAGUUGUCUUCUAAAUGUGUAUUUGAAUUUGAAUUGUUUAUUAUGAACUGCCUGGAAAAAAGUUGUUAAUUUAUAUGAAUGAGCAGAUCACAGGUAAAAGACAGUGAACCACCAAUUUUAAAUAUCCAGCUUUUCAACAUCAAAAGCAAGGAAUAAUUCAUUGGUGUAUAUUAAUCUGCAUUUAUAUAUAGAUUUUUUUUGGGAUAUGUAGCUCAAAUCUUUAAAUGUAAAAUGCAUAUUGGUUUUGGCAUUUUCUAACAAGGGAUUUGUAAAAAAGAAAGGAUCAAGCAUUAAAUGUUGACUUUCUAAAACUGA